AAAACAGAUGCAAAAUAUUGGGUUCCAAACUGCAAGUGGUCAAACUCUGAAUGUCACAGAGGAAGCAUUGUCAAAAGCGAAAGCAUUGUUUUGUGAAGACAUUUCAAAAGAUUUUGAGGAUGCUCCAUCGUUUAUAGAAUUGUUGCAAAAAUGCGAAGUUAAAGAUUUAAAUGACGCAUCCUUAGACGAACAUGCAAUGUCUAAUCACUUUAAGAAGUCACGAUUCAGCGAAAAAUUCCAAAUAGUAAAUGAAUUAAAAGGCAAUGACACUUAUGAAGAUAUGCUCAAAAUAGGUACAUUUGAAAAGUCUGAAAAACAGAUGCAAAAUAUUGGGUUCCAAACUGCAAUUGGUCAAACUCUGAAUGUCACGAAAGAAACUUUAUCGAAAGCAAAAGCAUUGUUUUGUGAAGACUGUUCAGAAAAUUAUGAGGAUGCUCCAUCGUCUAUCAAGUUAUUGCAAAAACGUAAAAUUAAAGAUAUAGAUGAUGCAUCCUUAGACAAACAUGCUAUAUGUAAUCAGUUUAAGAAGUCACGAUUCAGCGAAAAAUUCCAGAUACUAAAUGAAUUAAAUGGCAAUGACACUUAUGAAGAUAUGUUCAAGAUAGGUACGUUUGAAAACUCUGAAAAACAGAUGCAAAAUAUUGGGUUUCAAACUGCAAGUGGUCAAACUCUGAAUGUCACAGAAGAAGCAUUGUCAAAAGCGAAAGCAUUGUUUUGUGAAGACAUUUCAAAAGAUUUUGAGGAUGCUCCAUCGUCUAUAGAAUUGUUGCAAAAAUGCGAAGUUAAAGAUUUAAAUGACGCAUCCUUAGACAAACAUGCAAUGUCUAAUCAGUUUAAGAAGUUACAAUUCAGCAGUGAGUUCCAAGAAUCUAGAAAUGUUCAUGGAUGUUCAGAAAAUUACAAAAAGGAAAGAAAUGAAAUGUCUUCUGUAUCAAAUAAUGACACCAAUAACUUAAUGAAUGUUAUUUCUAAGACUGGAAUGAGCAAACAGAACCAUGACAUAGAUGAGAAUUCUCUAAUUUCCCAUGAAAUCACAGAAAGUACUAUUGCACUUUUAGCUGAUGAAAAUAGUUUGGGCACCUUUCACGAAUGGGUUUCUCCUGUGCAUAAUGAGGAGAAUGAAGAUGUUACAAAUAUACCGUCAAGUCCUGUAAUAGGAGGGCAAUUUAUUUCUAGAAAAAGGAAGUGUGUUGGUGUGCGAAAAAAAACGAUAAAUUCUGUAAAACAUAAACAGAGUAAGUUAAUGCAUAACGAUUGUACGACUAAAUUAAAUGAUAAUCAUGUAUGGUCAGAUCAGUAUAUAAAAGAAGGAAGUCAAGAAUCAACAGAUAAGGAAAACAAAUAUAUCUCAACAAUCAGUAAUGAUGCUUCAGUUAUCAAAGAGUUUGAUGACAUGCAAUUCAUGUUGGACUUUAUAAAUGAAUCUGCGACUAUAUUGGAAAGACGUUUACAAGCUGCCUUUGAACAGGAUAGGCAGAUUAAGCUGAAAGAAAAGUGCAAACCAAAGCCAAAAAUUUGUAAGUUGUAUUUCAAUAGAAGAACUAACCAUAGUAAUCGUAUAUCUUGGAAAGAAAUUACCAAAGGGAAUGCACCUAUUCCAUGUACUUACAAAGAGCUUGUCGAACGGAAGUUACCACCUGAAAUUUUGGAUAUAACAGCUGGUAAUGCUGUAACAUACAGAUUUCGAUUUUCAGAUUUUUAUGGGCAGAACGUCGUACAAAGUAACGUCGAAGGUAUAAAACUGGAAGACGACGCAUGUGUGAUUCUGGAUGAGAAUGGCUAUGCGGGUAUAUCAGAAAUUAAGAGAUCUUUCCUCGCUAGUUCAGGGGUAGAUCCUAACUUGCUCCCAACUGGAUGGCUGGAGAAUCAUUAUAGAUGGAUUGUGUGGAAAUUGGGAUCGAUGGAUAGGAUGAAAUUCGCUUCUGUCGUUUUACCAAGAGUACUGACUCCCACUAGAGUAAUGAUGGAACUAAAAUAUCGUUAUGAUCGGGAAAUCGACAGAUCUCAAAGAUCAGCUUUAAGAAAAAUUUUAGAAAAAGAUGAUGUUGCGACUAAACGAAUGGUUUUGUGUGUAUCAUCUAUUAUCGAGUGUGAUAACUAUGUCACUCUAAAUACAAGUCCGAAACAUAUGAAACCUCUGUCAACGAAAUUAACAUUAACUGAUGGAUGGUACAGUGUUCAGGCUGUUAUUGAUCAAGCAAUGAUCAAAAAUAUUAUAUCUGGUAAACUAAAAGAAGGGACAAAGCUAAUUACAUAUGGAUCCGAAUUAUUGAACUGUGAUCAAGGAUGUUCACCCUUAGAAGUUCCAGAGAAUGCCUGUUUGAGAAUCCAUACAAAUUCAACAAGAAGAGCUAGGUGGUAUACAAAAUUGGGGUAUAUAGCACCAACAGGGCCAAUGUGUGUUAAAUUAAAAAGUAUUUCUUCAAAUGGUGGUCUGAUUGGGAGAAUUAACGUUAUGAUUGCAAGGAUAUAUCCGAUAUUGUAUCACGAGAAAACUUGUUCCGGAGAAUCCAUCUUCCGUAACACAAGAUGCGAGGAGAAAGCAGGCAUUGCUUACGAGAGAGAGUGUCGGUCAAUGAUAGAAGCGUUCCAUGCAAAAACAGAGAAAUAUUUUUCUAUAGGAAAGAGGAGAAGUGACUCAAAUCCAGACAGUUUUGACUUGGCUGCAAUGGAAUGGACCGAAGACUGUGAAAAAUUGUCUAAAGAGGAAUUCCUAUCGAUGCAAGAACAGGAGUCUCUGGUAAACAUGUGCCGUAUGAAGGAGGAGAAAUUUAGGCAAAAGUUAGAGUCUCGACUACAAAGAAGUUUACCAUCACCACGACAGGUUACACCUGUGCUAAAAAUUCGAGUGAUCGAGGAAGAAACGAGCGCUAUACUUUCCAUUUGGUCUCCAAACGAAGAAGUUACUGAUAUUUUAAAGGAAGGAAAUUGCAUAUCUGUUUGCAACAUUACGCCAUCAAUGAGAAGAAACAGCAAUCUGCAACUAACUGCCGGCCGCAAUGCACUAUUUGAGCGAGUAAAUAUAUCCAACAAAACCUAUCCCCGAAGAAUUUACACAUCACUAUGUGACGUAAACAAGCCCACCUUUGCUCCAGCUUAUGGAGAAUUUGAUACGGUGGGAAUUGUUUCUUCUGUCGGAAACGAACCAUACGGUAUGAAGAAUUUUCAAGCAGUAUAUCUCGCGUAUCCAUAUACCGAUUCUCAGUCUUCGUAUUUAUCGAUACUGUUCUGGCACGGGAUUUCCUCUCACGGAUACACGGAGAUUUUAACCGUAGGAUCUUCAGUUGCCUGUAGCAAUUUAGAAUGGCGACGAGCAACUUCGUGGAACGUACCAAUUGCAUAUUGCACCGAACGAAGUAAUUUCUCUCGAAAUCCUAAACAGAGUCAUCUUCAGCAGCCAUUCGAGGAGUUGAAGCGACUGGUUACGGACAUUGAAACGUACGUAGUAAAAUGCGCAGCCGAGAUUUCAGAGGAAAUGCAGAAAAAGUCGAUGACCAGAUCAUUGAAUACACCGGAUAAAAUUUUUUCUAAUGAAAAGCAUAAUUCCGAACUUCAGGAGUCCCCAAGGAAAAACUUAAUGAAUUCGUCAGCGAAGUCUGUUGCUAUACAGAAGCGACUAAAAAAAUUGCAGUGCUAUGGCGAAACGUCACCAUUAUCUCCAAUUGUGCUCAAUAAUAGUUCUAAACGAAUAUCGUUGAAUUUUCAAUCUCCGAUUCGAACGUCAAACGUAAAACAAAUGAAGGUACAUGUAUCAUUAAAUACAAAGCUUUCUUAAAAUUGCAAAUGAACAAUUGCGACGUUAUUAUCAAUUUAUUAUAAUUAAUAAAAAAAA